AUGACUCGGUUUCUUCACAUUCCACUGAUUGUCCUGCUGCUGAUCCCGUCGAUCUUGCAGAAAUCAUUUUGCAAUUCAAUAAUCAAUCCAUCGAAAGUCAAAACCAUUUCAUGGAAACCCAGAGCAUUUGUGUACGAAGGUUUUCUCACGGAAGAAGAAUGCAACCAUUUAGUUUCUCUUGCAAAAUCGGAGCUGAAGAGGUCAGCUGUUGCUGACAAUCUCUCUGGGAAGAGUGUUCUUAGUGAAGUUCGGACCAGCUCGGGAAUGUUCAUUCCGAAGGGAAAGGAUCCUAUUGUUGCGGGCAUAGAAGAGAAGAUUGCUACAUGGACAUUCUUACCAAAAGAUAAUGGGGAAGACAUUCAAGUUCUGCGGUAUGAGCCUGGACAGAAGUAUGACCCUCAUUACGACUACUUUGCUGACAAGGUCAAUAUAGCUCGUGGGGGCCACCGCAUAGCCACCGUGCUAAUGUAUCUUACUGAUGUUAAAAAAGGUGGUGAAACCGUGUUCCCAUCUGCAGAGGAGUCUCCUCGACGUAGGUCUGUCUCGACAGAUAAAGAUUUAUCUGAGUGUGGACGGCAAGGUCCUUCAGUGAAGCCGCGCAAAGGGGACGCACUUCUGUUUUUCAGUCUCUUCCCGAACGCUGUCCCGGACCCUGCGAGCCUCCACGCGGGAUGCCCGGUGGACGAGGGGGAGAAGUGGUCAGCUACAAAGUGGAUACACGUUGACUCCUUCGACAAGAUCGUUGGGAACUGCACGGACUCACAUGAGAACUGCGGGAAAUGGGCUUCACUCGGGGAGUGCACUAAGAACCCGGAUUACAUGAUCGGGUCCUCGGAUCUUCCUGGUUACUGCAAGAAAAGUUGCAAUGCGUGUUGA